CGCUCUACCUUAUUUGAAGGCAGCCCCUGACACAUAAUUGUACCUCCCUCUUACAGCCCAGAAUUCCAUCAGCACUGGUCAAGGUCUGACUACUUUGGACCAUUUCAGAAGUUAGCAGCUAAGGAAUUCAAGAAUGAAGACCUUUGCUUAUACAUUGUUGGGACUUCUAAUCCUUCAGGCGGUUUUUGCUGCCCCCACCAAGAAUGUCGAGAAACCAAAGGGAAUUAAACAAACACCACUUUUAGUAGAUGCGAUUGAUGGCUUUGAUUAUCAACAGCAGGAUCCUUAUCAUGAAAAUGUAGAACUUAUAAGUGCUUACUAUGAUUAUGAAGAUGAACCUAAGAUUGAGAUUGGCACGUUGGCGCCUUCUGGUAACAGCGAGUUUCUUAUCGAAGAAGAUGAUUAUGAGGAGCUGAUUCCCCACGAACCUUUGGAUCCCGGUGCACCAAGUGUGCCUGGUCUUCUUGGCCCUGAAUCAAAGGAAGGGCUUCCAACAUGCCUUCUGUGUACAUGUCUGGGUGGAUCUGUCUACUGUGAUGAUACAGACAUUGAAAGCAUACCUCCUCUUCCUAAGGAGACCACUCACUUCUACGCACGUUUUAACAAGCUCACUAAGAUAAGAAAACAAGACUUUGCAGGGCUAAAUAAUUUAAAGAGGAUUGAUGUGACCGGCAAUAAAAUUUCUUCAAUUGAUGAAGAUUCCUUCAGGCUGCUGCCUGAACUGGUGGAACUGACCGUAGCUUCGAAUGAGAUUGCGCAGGUCCCAGAACUCCCCAAUACUAUGGUCAGCAUUGACGUGAGUCACAACAAGCUGCACAGCAAUGGAAUAAAGAAAGAGACAUUCAAAGACAUGGCUAACCUUGCUUACUUGUUUCUGUCUGACAACGAACUGGACUAUGUCCCACUUCCUCUACCAGAUGGUCUUCGCUCAGUUCACCUACAGAACAACAACAUUCAGCACAUCAACGAUGACACUUUCUGUAAUUCAAAGGAUAUAAACUAUGUUCGCAAGCCUCUGCAGGACAUUCGACUGGAUGGAAAUCCUAUUAAUCUAAGCAAAACACCACAAGCCUACAUUUGUCUUCUUCAUAUGCCCGUUGGAACUUAUUAAAAAGAUCUGUAUUUUGUUUACAGUUCACUCAAAAACUAUAUGACGACAAUCAAAGGCCUUUUAUUAUAUGCUUAUGUUUUAUUUAAGGCAAAUCCCCUUCUUUAAAGGAAACAUAGACAGACUCGUUUAAAUACGACUGCAGGCACGCAAAUAGUGGGGUUGAUUUUGUGUCAUUUCUUAACAGAUUUAUUAAUUAAGAAAUCCGGACUUCAAUGGCGCAGGCUUUUGAGAAUGCUGCUCCAACUCCAUCUAUUUUUGGAGCAGAUUUUUCUCUAGUCAGAAUAAUGUGAAUGAUACACUUCUAGUUACAUUCAAACAUGUCUUCAACAACCUCUCAAGGGACUGGGCCAAAGUAGCCUUCAUAGAAGGAUGACCAUUUGAGUAUGAGUUCGUUGCUGUGUGAACGCUUCCUGAAGGGGCUGUCCCAGGUGGUUAGUAAUAGGGAUAGUUGAUGAAUGGAGGUGGUUACUUGAACAGGUUUGACUGUAUUAGAAGGAGUUUUCAUUUGGAUGUUUCAAGAAACACCAAAAAAAUUGUCCCUUGCAUUUACUAAACUAGUAAAUAAAAGAAAUGGCUCGAAAUAAUUACAUUUGAAAUGUCAAGUAACGA